CUCCCUAUCUUCAUCGUUCAGUUGUAUAGUGUCAAGUUGCCAUGUCGUAAGCGUUUCGCAAGAGGAUACAGUGUCGGGAUGUUCAAGGCCUAGGGCUUUCGUUUGCAGCUCGUAGCAGUCCCCGAUCAAUGAAAUUGCUUUGCUUAUAGAACCCUGAGAUUUGAAGGUAAAUGCGAUGUUGACCAUGCUGGCCAGUGUCUCGGGAUGCUCGUUCCCAAGCACCCUCUUUUUUGUCUCCAUCACUUGCAACCCCAGCUCUUCGGCCUCCUUCCAUCGACCCUGAUUGCUGUACGUUGAUGCGAGGUUGCCCAUACUGGUCAGCGUGUAGGGAUGUUCGUCCCCAAGCACCCUCUUUCUCAUCUCCAUCACUUGCAACCCCAGCUCUUCGGCCUCCUUCCAUCAACCCUGAUUGCUGUACGUUGAUGCGAGGCUAGCCAUGCUGAUCAGCGUGUUGGGAUGUUCGUCCCCAAGCACCCUCUUUCUCAUUUCCAUCACUUGCAACCCCAGCUCUUCGGCCUCCUUCCAUCGACCCUGAUCGCUGUACGUUGAUGCAAGGUUUCCCAUGCUAGUCAGCGUGUUUCCCAUGCUAGUCAGCGUGUCAGGAUGCUCGUCUCCAAGCACCCUUUUUCUCGUUUCCAAUACUUGCAUCUCCAGCUCUUCGGCUUCCUUCCACCGGCCCUGGUUGCUGUAUGUGAUCGCGAGGUUUCCCAUGGUAGUCAGCGUGUCGGGAUGUGCGUCUCCAAGCACCUUCUUUCUCGCCGCCAUCACUUGCAACCCCAGCUCUUCCGCUUCCUUCCAUCGACCCUGAUUCCAGUACGUUGACGCGAGGUUUCCCAAGCUAAUUAGCGUGUUAGGAUGCUUGUCCCCAAGCACUCUAGCUUUCGUUGUCACAACUUGUGUGAGCAACCCCUCUGACUCUCUGUAUUGUCCGUCGCUCAGAAAUGCUUCAGCACAUUUUUGUACCAGACC